AUGCGUACGAUGCAGCUUGUAACACUGCUCAGUGCAGUCCUCGUAGUGCUGAUGAUGUUCAUCGAGUUGGCCUCCCCGAGUCCGGCACUAUCGAAUCCGCAGGAAAUGACCAGCUUUGAAUCAGAUGAAACGUACGGUCCUGUCGGUGUUCAAUUCCGUGUAGGAAUGGUACAGACUCUCACCUGCGCAAACCCGACCUGUUCGGCACAAUGCCGUGGACGUGGUUACCGACGGGGAUCGUGCAACAUUGGCCGAUGCUUCUGCUCAUACGUGUAAAAGUCCGCAGUCCAAACUGGGAAGCACCCGUAUAACUGUGUGAAGUGAUCUGUGAGCUUAGAUUAGAUAAAA